GUACACCGCCAGAUACCGUACUCAAGUGUAUAUAUAUAAAUAUAUAUAUAUUGUUGCAGAGCUAGCUCCCUUUCCAGUUCCUUCCUUCAUCCUUGCAAUGCUUUCUGUAGAUCGUCUCAGUCAUGAGGUACGUCGCGUACUGGGCAAAGUACAUAUCAAACCCGACUAUUCUUGAUGUGCUCGGGUGAUAGGCUGAUCUCAAAGGACUCCUCCUUAAAUGCCGGUGUUUGCAUGGCACUAUGUCGACCAGACCCUUAGCAACCAAGUGUAUGAUUUGGAGCUGACAAAACCACAUGGUCGCCGCGUUCAGCUUUCGCGGAGAUCAAGGAAGAACCAAAAUCAAAAACAUACAGCAAUGGGAGUUCCCCAUAACUCUCCCGGCGGUAUAUAAGAGGUCGAAAUCAGAGGGUCAAUACCGCCGAAAGACGAGGGUCCGUCGAAAAUACUCUCUCUGCAACCAUGGUAAGGAUUGUAAAGAAGCCGUAUUUUCCCUAGUUUUCCAGUCUUGUUCGCAGUCCACAGUCCUCUGCUUCAGUUCCAGUUUCAUCAGUUCGGCGGUAGUCGACGCCAUCAACGCUCCAAGCAGCAAAAGUUCUUUCUCUACGUCUAUUCAAAGAAACGUCUUGACAAUGGCGCCACGACGCAUUAUUAGAAAGAGCGAAGCCAGAGAACAGGGGGCAAAGGAGCUGCGCGGUAGCGAAUGUAAGGUCGAUGACACUUUCUUGGAUGCUUCUUUUCCAUGGUACCUCGCCUGUCGGUGUGAGGAGUUAUAGGUCGUGUCAUUGUGUUAGGAGUAAGACUUCUUUUUCCUCGAUGUCUGAUAGGACUGUUUGGAUGGUCUCCCAGCACCGGAUUCUCGGGCCGUUGUCUUCGGGUUAUAGACGUUGAUAAGGUUGAUGUUACCGAUGGCGGUUUGCAGCCG